AUGAGUGCUCGAAUACCCUCACGGCGGCUUGGGCAAUCAGCCCUCGCUGUCUUCCAACCCCGCUCCACAUACUGGAUAACUUCCACGUCACUCCCUGCUACCGCCCAACGAAACAUCUCGAACCCUUUCAAGCCCAGAAACACAGAUGACGAGCUCAGGAAUCCAAUUUUGGAGAGCUACCUGCAGAAAAAAGAAAUCGAGGAGGGUGCGGCAGACAACAAUGCGAAACCCGCGCGCCCGAGCCUCCGCGAAGGAGAGCUAUCCAAGCACCCCUCCUCCCUGUUCCUUCCGGAGCGCGAGAUCCCCGGCUGGCAACAGAACUUGACACCUACCGAGCAAGCCAAACUCAAAGAGCAGGCACGCGUGCGAAGAGAAGCAGUUGAUAGGGACCAUGACAGGAAACUAUCCGCAAUGAACAUUGAUCCCGACGCCAACGCACGAAAGUCUCUCGAACGCAAACUCGUCAUCUCCGGCGUAAAGCGCCAUGGCCGUAUGACCAAGGCCCAGAAGCUGCUGCGCACCGAGCGCCAAAGCCUCUACAAAUCGCACUUCCUCCCCACAUCCGUGAAGAAGCUCCAAAAAGUCGUUAAUCAACUGGCUGGCAAGACCGUCAGCGAGGCGCUCGUCCAGCUUCGCUUUUCUCCGAAGAAAGUAGCCCGUGAUGUCAUCAAGGGCCUCGAAAUCGCGCAGAACGAAGCUAUUGUCGCACGGGGCAUGGGUCUUCAGGGCGAAGAGGUGGCUGUGAAGCGUUGGGAAAGUCAAAGAAAGGACACAGAUGCAGGAAAACCGCGCGAUCUUUGGGACUACAAGACCUCUGAAGGGGAGAAGAAGCCCCUAAAGGCAGCUAAGAAGGCUAAGACGACGACCGUGGAGCUGAAAGACGGGAGCAAGAAGCUAGUCAGGGAUCCUUCGGAGAUUUACAUCGAUCAGAUGUGGGUGGGACCUGGUGAGAGCUGGAAGACGCCUGAGUUUAGGGCGAGGGGCAUGAUUAACAUGUUGACGCAUCGGACAACGAGUUUCUCCGUCCUCCUCAAGGAAGAAAAGACACGGAUGCGCAUCUCGGAAGAGAUCAAGAAGAAGCGAGACAACCGCAAACUGUGGGUCGCAUUACCUGAUCGGCCAGUAAUUGCACAAAGACAGUAUUGCUUGUGGUAG